UUCUGCUUCUUCUUUGUCACUUUUUUCCUUAACCGAUGAGAGAACCAGAACUUAGGCAAAAACCACGUAGAUGGUGUUGACGCCAGAGAAGAAGUCAGAAUAGAAUUACACGGAACCCGCUGUCCGAUUCACCGGGAAAGUCUGCAUAUACUACCUUAUUUUCAUCAAAUUUGGUUCAGCGCGGCAGAAGCACCUAAUUCUCUGAUGCUUCUGUAUGCUUUAAUAAAAAAUACGUCUUAAAAAUUAUAUAAAGGGUAGCCCAGAAGUCCUGUCUCAUUCAAUAUUUCCUCAAUAUCUCGGUCAAGAUGGACAAGUCUCAAUCUUUUUUAAAAGAAACCACCUCAUUCAGUUAUUUACACAAAAGAUACUGAACAUUUCUUUAUGUACUAUAAGAAUAAAAGAAUAUAACGGAAAUACGAGAAAGCUUCAAUAUCAAUUACUUUCAAACCGAAAAAACAGGUUUUGCAAUUUCAGUCCCUUAUAUAUUGCUAUAUGAAAAAAGUUAAGUAAAAGGAACACACGAUGAUACUAACAGAUAAGGAAACGAAAUAACAGAAUAAAAGUAAAUUGCAAAAAGGACUAGAGAAUGAGAGGUAUGGGUUAUUUCAUUUUUAUUUUAGUUCUUUGACUGACACAUCCUUCUGGGUGUAUCUCUAAUGCUUCUCGAGCCAUUUUUAGAAUUCACUUUUAUUCUGUUAUUUCUUUUUCUUCUUUAUUAGUAUUCUAGAAUGGUCUUUAACAAAACAAAAACAACUUGUCGUUUACCGAUUUUUCCUCGAUUCAAGUCCAUCCAAAAUUUUUCCAACUCCUGACCAGUCCAUGGUCUUGAAAGUUUGAGUCCAGUCUAUACGGAGCUCUGGUGUUUAAACAUCAUUUUGCGAAAAUGAUGCUAAGUUCACUAUUUUGCUGGCAGAGUAAAAUUCUUAUAACUUCUUUGGAGUUCUGCGGUUUACGAUGCUUGUUUUUCAGCUCGUCGAGAUCUACAAAGUGUGGUAGGUCUUGUCAUUUGCGCUAAAAUCUUUGCAUACCGUGGUGGAUAUAAAAAAUCAGCUGCCGUUUAAGGUUAGGCGGGUACAGUGACUGGUACCCAUACAGAGAAAGAAGAAUCUUUACAAAAUGUGCACACUCUCUAAACACAUCUCCUUUUCUGUUUAGUCUUAUUUUACACAAUUGAAACAAUUAAUAAUCAUACAAUUAGUGUAACUAGAAAUCAUUUGAUUCGUGUUCAUGAUCAAUCACAGUCUUACGUGUCAGCUGAAACCCUAAAAUUAAACGAUUUGAUUUAUGAAAAGAAUGGUGUUCCUGUUAAAAUAAAAUCAAUUAAAACGUCGUAUAAACAAGGUAUUUAUGCACCGGUAACACUCAGUGGUCAUCUGAUGGUUAACAACGGCGGUCUACUGGCAUCGUGCUACGUUGAAUAUAAACCGUUGCACGUCACACAUCAUCUACUACACCGAAUACUUCUUCCAUAUCGUUUAUGGUAUAGUCUAACAUCAAAGUGGUUACCUCGUCCCCAACAACAGAGCCAAACUGAGAGUGAAAACAAAAUCCAUUGGCUUGUUCUAUGGCUGUAUUAUAAUCGUGAACUUGUACGUCUAGUUUAUUCAAUGUGUACUGCAAUAACAAUUUACGUUGCUGCUGAAUUUAUCGUACAAAUAACUUAUGUGCUACGUGUAAUGGUAAACAAACAAAUAGUGACAUAA